UUUGCUGACUCAGCUUCUGGUCUGAGCUCAGGCCCCGCCCCCUCCCAGGUGAGGGGCGGGGCUUCAGCGCCUAUAAAGCGUCGCUCACCUGUCCGGACGCAGACAGCUUCUUGUUUCUGUUUUCUCCUCCAGUUUGGCUCCAGGUGCAUUCAGGUGAGCUCAGAAAUAUUUUCUCAUCUUUCAGUCUCAGUUUUUCAAAUUCUGAUUUUGUAGUUUUAAAAAUGACAAAGCGAAGCAGAUUAUCACAGAUUAAAGAACUAACUACUGUCCUUCCUGCAGGACGUUCAGGUGCAGCAGCAGGGAAGUCUGGGAAUUCUCCAGGAUGGAGUCGUUGUGGAGGCCGGCGGUGCUCCUCUUCACCAUCUGGAGCUGCUGCUGUGCUCAGAGGAUCCUCUGGGUCUCCCCCCACACAGGAAGCACGGCGGGAGCAACGAGACUCACCAUCAGCGGAGACGGUUUUGCUCAGGAGCAUCAGGUUCAGCUGGACCCUGAAGACGGGCGGUUUGGGAACCGGGUCACCCUGGUGUCGGACGCGCUGUCAGUGCCCUGCGACGUGGAGAGAGACUCCACCCAUCACCAGCAGAUCCUCUGUUACACCAGGGCGAUGCCGGAGGAUCAAUAUGUGGUUCAUGUCAGCGUGGACGGCGUUCCCAUUCCUGACAACAACAUCUGCAAUGGCAACUACAAACCGUACCACUGCAGCCUCUACACCCGUUGGUGGCGCACUCCGACCAUCUACUCCCUGAACCCGGUCACCGGCCUCCCAGGAACCCUGGUGACGAUCCGAGGCCGGAUCUACUCCGACGUUUACGGGAGCAACACGGACCUGAGCUCCAGCGGCCUCAACGUCAGGUUCCUGAGGUCCUACAUGGGGGGGAUGCCCUGCGAGCUGCUGAAGCCCAGCUCAGAUGAACUGUGUCCUCCUCUGCCAGGUGACUUUGCCCCUCUGAACUUUGAAGUCUUCGACUCAGACACCAACGUCUCCGUCUCAGAGAUCACCAAGGGUCAAAGCAACAUGGCGGCCUUCACUCUGAGUUGGGCCGGGCUUCCUGCGGCACCCGUCACCUUCAACGCCACUGCGUCCGAGGUCCAGUCCGUCCUGGAGGACCUGAUGAAGGCUGAUUGUCCCGCUGAGGUUCUGACCACUCAGGGCUCCAACGUCAAGUACUUCAAUGACUUUGAGGACCCUGGGUUCACCGCCGCUCAGAGUGGGACUCCUGAGGGCCACUCCGGGUUCUGCGGGUUCUGGUCACUGAAAAACGCCGAUGCUCUGUUCAGAGAAACCUUCACCAAAGAGUCCGGAGGACAGUAUGGACCGGUGUCCCUGGACCAGCACCCCACUCUCUGCUUUGCCUAUAAGGGACGUCUGAGGGACGAGAUGGGGGUGAAGUUCAUCUACAGCGACAGCAGCGGUCAGACCCAGACCCAGACCUCCAGGAUCAGUACCCUGUUCAGCAGCGGGGACAGGUGGAGCUAUAAGUGCGUUGAUCUUCAGAGCGUCCUUCAGACUGCUGUGGACGGCAGCAGGUUCCUCCUGCAGGAGCUGCUUCUCUACAGAGACGCCUAUGCUGCAGACUACUACGUGGACGCGGUUCACAUUGGGAAGACUCCAACUGCUGUGGAUGAGUACGCUGUUCUCCUCAGGAGAAGACCUCCUCCCUUCGAGGACUCUGGGAAGUCCAUCCAAUCGUUCUCAGUCACCAAACACCAACCGACCGCUUCUCAGGUCACCUACAGGAUCGUUGCUACGCCGCUGGACUGCGCUUUCGACUUCCCUCUGAUGGAGAUCAGCUUCAUGCAGAUGUCCAACAGCAGUGAAGACGUCACCGAGUUCGUUUCCGGAGGCGCCACGGUCACCGUGACCCGGCCCCACAGAGCCACGCCCCCUCUGAGCGGCACCUUUGAUGUGGAGAUGUACAGCGGCCGGGCAGAAGGCCUCCCUGUGGACGUCAGCGCAGAGGAUCUGAAGUUCGCCCUGCAGGGCGUCCCCGGGGUGGGCCAGGUGAAGGUGGAGGACCUGGGCACCUGCAGGCUUCCCGAGUGGAGGGUCACCUGGCUCACCAGGCCUGGAGCCCAGCCGCUCAUGAAGGUCGACGACUCGGCGGUCGUCGGGAACAAUGUGAACUUCGUGGUCCGGGAGAAGGCGAAGGGAGGGCUGCUGACCCUGGGCUUGACUGGGGACUUUUUCCGGGUUUGGGAAGCGGAGCCGCAGGUGGAGGUCUACAUCAACGGCAUUCCCUCCAACUGCUCCGGACGCUGCAGCUUCCGCUGGUCGGAGGAGGAGACACCGGUGGUGACGGGGAUCAGCCCGACUCAAGGAUCCGACGGACUGGGAACACUGAUCACUAUCACUGGGACCGGAUUCAGCUCGGAAAAUGCUUCCAUCAUGGUGGGAAGCUCCAGGUGUGUCAUUGAAGAGGUCACAGCUUCCUCUCAGGUGUGCAGAGUGGGCGGAGCCAGCGCAGGAAGCUACCCAGUGUCUGUUAACUUCCCGUCUCUGGGCGACGCACGCUUCGCCGCCGACCUCGUCCUCUACUUCACGCAGCUGCUCAUUGUGUCUUCGCUCUCGCCGACCUCUGGAGGCGUUGCAGGCGGCACCCUUCUGACGGUGAGCGGCUUCGGCCUCGGACACGUCCCCACGGUAACGGUCGGCGGCGAGGACUGCGAGGUCAUCCAGGCAGCCGACACCGAGCUGACCUGCAGAACCCCUCCAGGAACUGCGGGGUUACAGGUUGUCACGGUAACGGUGGGAAACAUGAGCCAGACAGCGAACACCACCUUCACCUACGAUGAUGACCUCACAGCUCAAAUCUGGAGCCUGAAUCCUCAGACAGCCUUUGUGACGGGAGAUCAGCUUCUCACCAUCCAGGGUUCAAACCUCGGAGGCCGGAGCAACGACAGCGCUGUGUUUGUUGGAGCGAAAGAGUGCGUCACCACCCAGUGGAACGAGACACGGAUCAGCUGCCGUCUGCCUGUGCUGCCCCCUGGUGUCUACCAGGUGCAGGUGCAGGUGGGGAACAGAGGGUUCCCCCAGGCAAGCAUCAACGCCAACAUCGAAUACAUCCUGGAAGUUUACAGCAUUUCCCCGCUGACCGGCUCUUUGAUGGGAGGAACCACGCUGACAGUUUCUGGUUCCGGUUUCAGCAACGACACGGCUAACAUCCAGGUUUCUGUUGGAAGCAGAGCCUGUGAGGUGGCGUCUGCCUCGGAGAACCAGCUGCUCUGCACCGUUCAGUCAGAGGAGAAGACGCACGUUGUCACCAACCAGGGCUCCCACCUCACUUAUGGACCGGGAUACGCGUGGAGCCCGUCUUCGCUGCGAGUGUUUGUUGGCGACACAGUGAGGUGGCAGUGGGAGGCACCCGCCUUCCAGAGCGUCGGGUACCGAGUCUUCAGCGUUUCCAGGCCCAGCGGCUCCCAGUAUGAAGGAGGAACUCUGAACAGCGGCGAGGCUCGAACUGCUGAAGGGUUCUUCAGCUACCGUUUCACCGUCCCCGGUACGUACUACUACAGCAGCGGCUACGUCAGCUCCUCCAUCCUGAUGCAGGGAGUCGUGAAGGUCAUGAGUCGGGAGGACAAGAACGCCGACGUCUCCAUCAGAGUGGGAGGCGUUCUGGCCAGAUAUCUGCCAGAAGGUUCACCCAGAGUCUCCAGAUCAUCAGCAGACUGCGUGGCGUCCACACGCUGCCCACCGGCCAAUCAGACUUCAGACGGUCUUUCCUUCAGCUUCUCCGCCUGCUCCACCCCCACCGUCUGCUCCAUCUCCCCCAACCAGGGCUCCUACCACCAGCUGAUUCACAUCCAGGGACAAGGCUUCAGUGAUGUCACCUGCGCUAACGAGGUGACAGGUGGCGGUGAGCCGUGUCAUGUGACCAACAGCUCCUGGUCUGGGAUCAGCUGCCGGCUCGGCUCCAGCUCAGAGCUUCCAGUCGGCGUCGCUCUGCCCGUCUCCGUCAGAGUCAACAACCUGGGUGCCGCCGUCGUCGCCGUGUCUGAUGAGUUGAAGCGUCGCUUCGUGGUCCUGCCGGUGGUCGACUCGGUGGCGCCCCCUGUUGGCAGCACCACCGGCUACACCCGGCUCCAGAUCGGCGGCUCGGGUUUCUCUGAGGGCAGCGUGACGGCGGCGGGCGUGUCCUGCAGCGUCGUGACGCUGAACUACUCCCACAUCCUGUGCGACACGAUGCCGUCGGCGGAGCGCUCCGGGGACGUGGUGUUCCACCUGGGCCAGAUCCAGAGCUCCUGCUCCUCCCUCUGCUCCUUCCGGUUCUCCUCCGCCGUCACCCCCAGUGUCAACGGCGUCUCGCCCAGCAGCAUCAGUGGCCCGACAGACGUCCUGGUCUCCGGCUCCGGCUUUGGCAGCAUCGUGGACGACGUGUCCGUCCUGGUGGGCUCCACGCCACUGCGGGCGGCGGCAGUGAGCGACGGGAACGUGACGGUGCGGGUCGGCGCGCUGCCGGCCGGAGACCAUCCCGUCCGGCUGCUGGUGAGGAGCAGAGGCCUGGCGUCAGGCCAGCCAACCCUGAGCAGCCGCCCGCUGGCCGCGCUGCGGCCCGGUGCCGGCAGCCUCGCCGGGGGGACGCCGCUUGUCCUCACCGGGAACGGCUUUGCUCCGGGGAACACCAGCGUGGUGGUGGGCGGGAGACCCUGCAGCAUCCGAGACGAGACUCCAGACACGCUGCUCUGCCUCAGCCCCGCUCACCCCGAGGGUCCGGCCACCGUCAGUGUCCAGGUGUUCGCCAUCACCUUCCCUCUGCUCAGCUUCAUCUACUCUGCAGCCCACACCCCGGUCCUCAGCGCCAUCAGCCCCCACACCGGGCCGAGCGGCGCCGUCAUCACGCUCAGCGGAUCGGGGUUCGGUUCCGACCCCGAGCUCGUCUCCGUCACCAUCGACGGCGUUUCCUGCAACGUGUCGGCCAUCUCCGACUCCCAGCUCCGCUGCAUGACAGGAAGCAAACCGGGCGGCACCUAUCCGGUCGUCCUGCACCACGGGGUCAAAGGUCACGCCCAGUCAGCAGUGGAGUUCACAUACGAGCUGACGCUCAACGGCAUGCAGCCCAACGAGGGGAGUUUCGGUGGCGGUGCUCUGCUCUCCGUCUUCGGUUCUGGGUUCGAUCCGACCGGCUCCAGGGUUCUGAUCUGUGACCGGGACUGUCCCGUCCUCAGAGGAGCAUCCUCGUCCUCCCGCCUGUUCUGCCUGUCUCCGCCCAACAACGGCUCUGACCCGGCGGUCGGCUGCCAUGUUUCCGUCCUCAACCUGCUGGACGCCGUCAACGUCUCUCAGGGCUUCACCUACCGGGCCGCCCUGACCCCCGUCGUCUCCCAGGUGUCUCCGCGGCGAGGAGGGACGGCCGGCGGCACGCGGCUCACCAUCAGUGGCUCAGGCUUCAGCUCCAGGUUGGACGUCGUCAACGUGACGAUCGGCGGCUCGCCGUGCGACGUUCAGUCCUCCAACGUGACUCACAUCGUCUGCGUGACGAGCCCCCAGCAGCGCUCUCAGGAGACGCAGGUCAGGGUCAGCAUCGGAGACCAUGGCAUCGCCAAGAUGGACGCGGCCAACUUCCUGUAUGUGGACGUUUGGUCGUCCCGGUUCACCUGGGGGGGCCUGCCCCCCCCUGAGCACGGCUCAUUGGUUGUCAUCGCUAAAGGUCAGACGGUGCUGCUGGACGCCAGCACGCCGGUGCUGAAGAUGCUCCUCAUCCAGGGAGGAACGCUGAUGUUCGACGAGGCCGACCUGGAGCUGCAGGCGGAGAACAUCCUCAUCACAGACGGAGGGCGGCUCCAGAUUGGCCAGGAGGGGGCGCCCUUCCAGCACAAGGCCAUCAUAACACUCCAUGGUCACCUGCGCUCUCCUGAACUUCCUGUUUAUGGAUCCAAGACGCUGGCCGUCAGAGAGGGCGUCUUAGACCUCCAUGGUAUUCCCGUUUCCGUCACCUGGACACAUCUAGCCCAGACCGCCGCCAACGGCUCCGCCACGCUGACGCUGAUGGAGGCCGUGACCUGGAAACCUGGAGAAGAGAUCGUCAUUGCCUCCACCGGCCACCGGCACAGCCAGAGCGAGAACGAGGUGAGAACCAUCGCCGCCGUGUCAGCCGGUGGAAAAACUCUGACCCUGGCCGAGCCGCUGACCUUCUCCCACCUGGGUGUGUCCGCCACGCUGCCCGACGGCGCCGUGUUUGAGGCCCGGGCCGAGGUGGGCCUCCUCACCAGGAACAUCGUGGUCCGAGGCUCCCAGAACCUCGACUGGACUGACAGGGUCGACGCGUGUCCCGAUGGCUUCAACACAGGUGAAUUUGCCACGCAGACGUGUUUCCAAGGCAGGUUUGGAGAGGAAAUUGGCAGCGAUCAGUUUGGUGGUUGCAUCAUGUUCCACGUUCCAAGGCCAGGAGAGAACCUCGCUCUGGGCAGACUGGAGUAUGUUGAGAUCUUCCACGCCGGUCAGGCCUUCAGGCUCGGUCGGUACCCCAUCCACUGGCAUCUGAUGGGCGACAUCAACUUCAAAUCGUACGUCCGGGGCUGCGCCAUCCACCAGACCUUCAACAGGGCCGUGACCAUCCACAACACCCAUCGGCUGCUGGUGGAGCACAACGUCAUCUACGACAUAAUGGGCGGAGCCUUCUUUAUCGAGGACGGCAUCGAGACGGAGAACAUUCUGCAGUACAACCUGGCCGUGUUCGUCAAACAGAGCACCAGCCUCCUGAACGAUGACGUCACCCCUGCUGCCUACUGGGUCACCAAUCCUAACAACAUCAUCCGGCACAACGCCGCAGCAGGAGGAACCCACUUCGGUUUCUGGUACCGCAUGCACAAUAACCCCGACGGCCCGUCGUACGACCCAAACAUCUGCCAGAAGAGGGUUCCCCUCGGCGAGUUCUCCAACAACACGGUGCACUCCCAGGGAUGGUUCGGUCUCUGGAUCUUCCAAGAAUUCUUCCCCAUGAAAGACGGACGCUGCACCUCCACAACCCCAGAACCCGCUGUCUUCCACUCCCUGACCACCUGGAACUGCGAGAAAGGCGCAGAGUGGGUCAACGUUGGCGCCGUGCAGUUCAACAACUUCAUCAUGGUCAACAACGAGAAGGCCGGGGUCGAGGCCAAGCGCAUCUUCCCGUGGGCUGUGAGUGGCUUUGGGGAGGACGGCGGCGCCACGGUCUCCAACAGCACCAUUGUGGCCCACGUGGAUGAACUCGGCCUGGGCAGCGAUUAUUGCACGCGCCGGGGCGUCAUCACGCCGUUUGAUGACGGCAUGAGUGUCCUCAACACUCAGUUUGUCAACUUUAACCGCAGCAACUGCACGGCCAUCGGAGUGACCUCCAUCGAUGGGACUUGUACAGAUCGCUGCGGCGGCUGGGCCGUCAGGUUCGCCGGGAUUCAGUACAGGAACUCCCCCAACAAGGCCGGAUUCAGGUGGGAGCACGAAGUCCAGCUGGUGGACACAGACGGCUCCCUCACAGGAAAUGUGGACCAUAAGGUGGUGCCGAUGAGCAGCCUGCUGGACCCGGCCCACUGUUCCCACAGCGCCGAGUGGAGUGUGGGUUUCCCCGGAGCCGUCUGUGACCACACCGUCAACUUCCAUCGCCUAGCGUUCAACAACCCCACUCCGACCUCUCUGCAGGCCAAAGAUGUCAUCCUGACCAACUCGCAUGGCAGCAGCGUGGUUCCUUACCUGAAGAAGAGGAUGACCCAUAAGUUGGGCUGGAUGGCGCUGCUGCCGUCCGGACAGACGUACAACUGGCACUUCGACAACGCCGACCACAUCACCAACAUCAGCUACGAUGCCAAGUUCUACGGCUUCAAGUCGGAUCAGUUCGUCAUCAUCAAACACAACUUCACCCAGAGUCCCGACAGCUUCCACAUCCUGGACGACAGGAACGGCUCGUCCGCGGCGCUGAGCUUCAGCGGCAACGACAACGGAGACUGGUUCUUCAACAAGACCACCAACGACCUCUUCUUCCUCAUUUCCGGGAAGACGAGCCGGCGCCGGCGCCACAGCAGCGUGGAUCGCUCCAUGACAGACGUCACGACUAACCUGGCCGUCUACCGCUGCUUCUUCCAUCAGUGCGUGGCUCCAGCCCCGGCCACGCCGGCUCCCGUUCCCAGCCGCCGACCCAACGACUUCAUUCUGUGGUCUGAUGCUUCAUUCUGGAAAGGUUCUGCGGAGAACAACUUCUCUGUGCCAGCAGAUGACGCCGAUGCAGUCAUCCCUACAGGGAAGUGGGUCGUUCUGGACCGAGACACGCCGUCCCUCAGCAGGCUCACCGUCUCCGGGGUUCUGGAGGUUCUGGACUCCCCGAACAGAACCCUGGUGAUCGACGCCGUCUACGUCUCCAUCCAGGGCGGCAGGCUGCUGGCCGGGUGGGACGGCGAGCCGUUCCAGGGUCGGCUGGAGAUCCGGCUCCGAGGGAACCACGACUCGCCCGACUGGCUGCUGCCCGGCGGACCCAACCAGGGAUCCAAGGUCCUGGGUGUGUUCGGUACUUUGGACCUGUACGGUCGGCCUCCAGGCGUUUACCGCACCAAGCUAGCCGCCACCGCCGCCGCCGGGUCCAACUCGCUGGUUCUGAUGCAGCCCGUCGACUGGAAGGUUGGAGACCAGGUUGCCGUCUCCACCUCCGGCUACAGAGCCUCGGAGACGGAGAAACGUCGGAUCGCGGCUGUGUCGGCCGACGGCCUUGUCCUGACCCUGAACCAUCCGUUGGACCACACUCACAUGGGUGAAACCCACUCCAUCCCCGGGUCGUCCUUCUCCUACACGCUGGCGGCGGAUGUCGGCCUCCUGAGCCGGAACAUCCGGAUCAUCGGCGAGGAGUAUCCGGCCAUGAUGGUGGAGUCCUUCGGCGCCCGGCUGCUGGUGGGAACUUUCUCCAGCGGCGGAGUCAGCUAUCGAGGUAAAGCCCAGAUCAGGAAUGUGGAGUUCUUCCGCUCCGGCCAGGAAGGCUGGACCGACUACUACGACCCGCGGUACUCUGUGGCCUUCCACAACCUGGGAGAGGUUUCAGGGAACGACUCGUACAUCCAGGGCUGUGCUUUCCAUGACGGUUUCUCUCCGGCCAUCGGAGUCUUCGGGACGGCGGGUCUGAGCAUCGACGAUAACGUUGUCCAUCACACGGUGGGCGAAGGAAUCCGCGUUUGGGGCGAUCGGAUCAUGCUGAGGAGGAACCUGGUGAUGAUGUCACUGUGGCCCGGAUCGUAUCAGGACAGAGAAGAACCCUUCAACUUCCAGUGGAAUGCUGCCAUCGAGGUGAGCGAGGGAUCCGGUGUGGUUCUGCAGAACAACAUCGUGGCAGGAUAUGAGAGGGUGGCGUAUCGCAUCGACGGCGAGCCGUGCCCAGGCUUCCAGAACCCGAACGAGGCCUGGGUCCAGAACGAGGCCCACGGCGGUCUGUACGGAGUCUACCUCAACAAGGACGGCCUGGCCGGCUGCAGCUUCAUCCGGGGAUUCUUUGUCUGGAAGGCCUUUGACUUCGCCAUCUACUUCCAGGUCAUCAUGGAUGUGGUGGUUUCCAACGUGACGCUGGUGGACAACGGGAUGGGCAUCAUGCCGCUGGUGUUUGCCCCGCCCUCUCUGUCUCAUGCCUAUGCAGAUAAGUCGGUGCUCGUUCAGAACUCCCUGAUUGUGGGCAGCAGCCCGGCCUUUAACUGUUCAGACACGUUGAGCUCCGACAACUUCAACGUCGUCGCCAUGUCUCCCCACCGAGCGCCCAGACCGCCGCAAGGAGGUCGAUCCGGAAUCUGCUGGCCGACCUUCCAGUCCGAACACAACACGGCUCCGGCGAAACCGCAUCACCUGAACAUGAACUACAACGCCAUCAAAGGCCUGAUGACGGUCACAGACACGACCUUGGUUGGUUUCCGUGACGUCUGCUCCGGGGAGCGGAACCUCGUGUUCAUGACCAACCCUCUGAACGAGGACCUGCAGCACCCCCUGCAGGUGUCAGCCGUCAGGACGCUGGACAGCACCGAGGACGCCCGGGUCUUCAUUCACCGACCUGAUGUGAGCAAAGCGAACCCGGCUGACUGUGUGGACAUGGACUGCGAUGCCAAGAAGAAGAGUUUGUUGAAGGACUUGGACGGGUCGUUCCUGGGCGCGGUGGGGAGCGUGGUGCCGCAGUCUGAGUUCGAGUGGGGAGGAGACCCCCGCCGGGGGCUGGGCGACUACCGCAUCCCCAAAGUCAUGCUGACGUUCCUGAACGGCAGCCGGAUCCCUGUGGUGCAGGUGGCGCCUCGGAAAGGGGUCAUCAGGAAAAACUGCACCUACAUGAGCUCCUGGCAAAGCUACAAGUGCUUCGGCCUGAAUCACCGGAUGGUGGCGAUCGAGAGCCUGGACUCGGACACGGAGACCCGCCGCCUGUCCCCGGUGGCCGUGCUGGGGGACGGCUUCGUGGAUCUGAUUAACGGCCCUCAGGAUCACGGUUGGUGUGCAGGAUACACCUGCCAGCGCCGAGUGUCUCUGUUCCACAGCAUCAUGGCCACCGGACACGCCUUCGACGUGUACUUCACCAGCGUCAGCCCGCAGAAGCUCCGCCUGCUGAUGCUCAACUCCGACCCGUCUGAGAGCGUCCUGGUGUCCGUCUUCUACUCCAACCCUCAGCGGCUGGACGUCUACGUGGAGAACCGGCUGGUCGCCCCGAGCAACGCCGUGUGGAACGACGACGGGUCCGACUACAUCCUGAGGGAGCCGGCGUUCAGAGGUGAGUUCGUCCCUCAGAUGAACGCCUCCAUGGGAACCAACUUCUUCGACCGGGACUACAAGAUGCUGAAGGUUCUGCUGAGAGGUUCUGGUCCACUGGAGAUCAGGACCGCCCCGGUUCUGAUUCUGGCCUUCAACAUGCCCGCCCUCACAGACAACCAGUUCUUUGGAGACAGCCUGGUCCAGAACCUGGCUCAGUUCCUCAGAAUUCCCGCCAACAUGAUCCGCGUCUCCCGGGUGGUGAGUGAGAGCGGCGGCGCGCGGCGCAGGAAGAGAUCCGCGGGCCUGACGGUGGAGGUGGAGAUCCGGAAACCUCCGGUCCAGCAGAGCGCCGACGGCACCGCGGGUGAGGAAGACUUUGAGCUGCUGAAGAACAUCACAGACGAUCUGGGUCAGGCGGCACUGUCCGGGAACCUCAGCCAGUCCAUCGGCUUCUACGUCUCCUCCGUGGGAAUCACCCCGCCGCUGCCUGCGUCUUCGGACCCCAGCUGGAGCCAGGUGGCAGCAGAGGACGUGUCCAGAGAGGAACCCAAGGCAAGCUACUUGUCGAGCGUGUCGCGGCUGCUGCUGAUCCGGGAUCCGGUGGCCGGAGAGGCGGUGGGUCCGCUGCUCCAGCAGCCGGUUCUGAUGGCCGUGGACAACCAGGGUAACUGCGUCUCGGUGGGUGUGACCUCGCUCACAGUGACGGCCAGCAUGAAGAACGCCAGUGGCGACCCGGUGGGAGGACUGGACGGUAACGCCACCAUCCGCUUCAGCAGCUGCUGGGCCAACUUCAGCGACCUCUCCAUCCUGACCAGCGGGGAGAACCUGACCAUGGUCUUCACUCUGAAGGACUGGAGUGCCCAGUCUAGAUCCUUCUCUGUAGUGGACGUCCCCCCCUCUACCACCACCGAGGGCCCGACCCGCCCCACCGAGGGCCCAACCCGCCCCACCACCGAGGACGACAGCGUGUUCAGCUCCGGCUCGGUCGUGUCUGCAGGCGGACUGUGUCUGAUCAGCAUCAUCUAUGAAGUGGCCUGCUGCUCCACCAGCCUCCCCCUCUGCUAGAGCGCCCCCUGCUGGGAGCCACAGCUCAGCUGGAGCGCCCCCUGCUGGUCAUCAAUGUGUUUUCUUUGGGUUUCUUGUGUCACGUAGAUCAACCCCAUAAUAACGGGUUCUGAUCCAGUUUAGUCCCAGAAAUCUAAACUCCUGAAUCUGGAUCAAGUUUGCAGGUUUCUAAAAUUCUUUCAUGGUUUUUGUUUCUUAUUUAUGGCUUAAAAUGAAGAAACUGGCAGGAAAUAUCAAAUCAAAGCUGCAAUAAAAUGAGGAACAAACCUCUGCAUGUAAUCAGUGAUUCUGAAGGAAGAAAUUAAGUUUCAACUCUUUGAUUGUUUCAGAUUAAAUAAAGUCUUGCAUAACUCUGG